AUGGAUUCUGAUAUCGGAUGUCCAAUUCCCUAUGUUCCGGAAUCCGUAUUUGAUGAUUAUGAUUGGUUUCUCACGCAUGCGCGUUAUGCCCGACUUGUUUCCCGGAUUUACAGCACUAUAUUUUCUCUCAGUGCGGCCGGGAAUUCUUCAAGUUACUAUUUAGAUCGCAUCCAGCAUCUGCUCGAAGAGCUUGAAUCGUGGAAAAACUCGAUUCCUGAGUCCUAUCGUCCCGGGGAGCCUCUCAAAGCCAGGUUGAUGCCCGGACCGAUGGCAGUGUCGGUUGCUCUGCAUACACAAUAUUACUACUAUAAUGCUUUGAUGACUUUAUCACGGACGGCUCUCUACAUUGGCCACGGCCCGAAAGAGAUGGAGUUGCAAUUGCACAUGAAAAGGCUGUUCAUAGAUACGGCUUGUUCCAUUUUGGAACUGACCAAAUACAUCGAGGUCGCAUCAUACACGUCGUUGUGGGUACUGGCGAUCAUGCCACUUUCAGCUCUGUUCAUUCUUUUUGACGAAGCUGUUCACAACCCACUGCUUCCGCAGACCACCUCCUAUCUAUCUCUGUUAGACAUUGGCAUCGGGCACUUCAGUCGGCUGGAUUAUGCGAGUCAGGGAACCGUCCCCAGCUCCCUUUUGGCCGAGUUCGCUCACAUCGCGCGUCAAUAUAUACGCGAGUCACAAAUAAAAGCGCAUGGACGCGACCGACAUCAGGAGAUAGAAGAGGCGCAGAGAGGAGAUAGUCAACACGUAUUCUCCGAUAGCCACGGUCAAUUCGGUCAGACAAGUGUUCCUGGCGUUACGACUGUGGCGCCAAGAACAGGGCUACAGGUUGAUGCAGAUUCACUUCAAACGUCUAUCAGCGGUGCCUUUCUGGGUUCUCAGCCCCUUGCACCGUCAACGGGCCCAUUCAAUCAUACCCCUAGCUUCACCAUGCAACAGUACAGCCGCCAAGCGCCAAAUGAAAGUCAGACGAAGGAUUCAUCAAGAAAAGCGAGCGCCCCGCCGGAUACUGAGAAACCGAUGCUUGGAAGCAAUGAUUUUAUGGGGAGUCAAUAUGGAGCUUCAGCCGCGACAAUGGAUAGCCUUACGGGCGCAAUCGCUUCGGAAGAGUUCCAACUGCUCGGGAUCGACGUCAUGGAUCUUUUUGACACGAUGAAUUUCCCGGUGGGCAACCCUUGA